CGUCAGAAGCCGUCAUGGCUGACGGUCCAGAUGAAAACGAAUGAUAGUUUCGAUACUUAUUACAUCGCUAAUCGGAAGAUGAGACGUUUUAUUCUGCUUCCGGCGAUUUAUGGUUAAGCUAUAGCUAAUAAUGGAAGCUGUCAGUUUAAAGUUAACAGAAGCAGAGCAGCGAUAUUUUGGUGAAUUGUUUUCUUGCUGUGACAUAGAAAAUCAAGGGAAAAUAUCUGGCACGAAGGCUUCUGAGCUUUUUCUAGCAUCUCAACUUCCAACUGAAACUUUACAUCAGUUAGGACACUUUGGCAGAAGUCAGUUUUAUAUUGCUCUGAAGUUAAUAGCUGCAGCACAGACAGGUCUUCCAGUUAAAUUGGAGAUUUUGAAUUCAAGUAUGGAAGUACCAUUGCCAAAAUUUGGAAGAGGAAAUGAUUCUGUAAACUUUGGAAUCACUGAAGGCAGCAGGCAAAGUGGACAAAUUCCAGGUCAGUUGCCUCCACCACCAACUAAAGGUUACAGGGGGAGCAUUGGAUCAGCACAUAGACAAAGUAGUUUAAAAAGUGAUGUGGAAACAUCACCCAGUCAUCAAGCCCAGCCAAUAUUUCAGUCAAAUACACAGAUACAAGCUGUCAGUGAUUCACAUGGAUCUUCACCUACAGAAGUACCAUCAUCUCCAAGAAGUUCUGAUUUAAUGCAUGGUGAUAAAUCAUGGGCAGCAUUUCAACAAGAUGGUCAUUUAAAUUGGGCACAAUUUGAAGAACAUCAUCAUCUCUUAGGAAAUGAAGAAGAUAGUAGUGAACGACAUUCUAGUGAUGAAGAAUAUGAUUUCUGGACAUUAACAGAUGAACAGAAAGAGUAUUACACAAAUCAAUUUAAACAAAUGCAAUCAGAUUUGAAAGGAAGGAUAUCAGGUGCUGCUGCAAAAGAAUUUUUUGAAAAAUCAAAAUUACCUGUACAUGAACUAUCCAAAAUUUGGCAGUUAUCUGAUAUUGAUAAAGAUGGUGCUCUUACAAUUGAAGAGUUCUGUACCGCCAUGCAUCUUGUUGUGCUUCGUCGAAACAAUAUUGAUCUCCCAGACGUCCUACCUCCUUCUCUUGUACCAAGAAUACCUCAGAGAGUACCUGAAGAAAAUCGUACAUAUCCAACUACACAACAUCAGCAGCAAUAUCAAAGUGUAGGUAGUCCUAAACAAAAUACACCAACUGAUCUUAUGUCUCCACAAAAUAAAGAGUGGACAAAGUUUAAUGACUCUCCAACGAGCUCCGUAUCUUCUCCCGGGAUGAAGCCCGUGAACUUUGAUUUUUCUGCAGCAUCCGUGGAACAGGAUCCGAGAAUUCUUCAUCCCGUAGCGGUAAGGUUAUCACCCGAUGGUCAGCCUGUAUCGUAUAAUGAAGUCGAUAAGCCAUCAGAAUGUAAUGAAGCCAAAAGAAUAUCCUCUCAGGCUAUUCAAAGACCAAUCCCUCGUAAACCUUCUGCUCCAGCACCAGGUGCGCUUCCUCCUCCAUCUCAAAAUUCAUUGCAGACUGGAGAAACAAAUGUUGAAUCUGCCAAUAUUCAAGUAUCUGCCAGUUGUAUUGACUUCAAGAAACCAAAAACAUUUUUGAUAUGUUACAUUCAGAAUGAUUUGAAAUAUUUUUUUGUAGCUCCAGCACCAGGUGCGCUUCCUCCUCCAUCUCAAAAUUCAUUGCAGACUGGAGAAACAAAUGUUGAAUCUGCCAAUAUUCAAGUAUCUGCCAGUUCCUUUUCUGGUACAAGUAGCAGUAAUACCACUACACAGAAUAUUAUGAAUUUGCCACAGGGUCCUAAGAAAGAGCCGCCACCACCACCUCCGCCUAGGCCACGACACAAUCAUGCCAGAAGUUCCUCUUUAGAUUUAAAUAGGUUAGGUAAAACAGUACCACAUUUUCUUGGUGUACCUCCAGCUGUGCCACCAAGGAUGUCGCCAAGUACUGCAACACCCAAAAAAUUUAUUGGGGCACUCGGAUCCGAAGAAUCUCAGUUAAUCCAAGACGAUAAUACCGAUUUUGCCGAUUUUACUCAAUUUGAUGAAUCCGGUACAGAUCUCGGUGCAAAUUCCCAACCUCAGUUAAAGUCAGGUGCAUUUGAAAUUUAUAAGAAACCUUUUACACACACAAAUAGCGUGCCAAUUAAUGCAUCGAGCGGUUUGACAAACUUUUCUGACGAGAUAUUAACAUCUCUAUCACCGACUGAUGACAAUACGGCAUUACUGGUCGAAAUAGAGCAUCCGGAAGAUGCACUGAUGGACAGAAGACGCCACGUUUCGGCUCCUCCUCUCGCACUCGCCGCCACCACCAUCACUUCUGUUCCACGAGACAAGAGAGAGAUACAAUCUGCCAUCAGGGCGCAUCGAGAGCGGAACAUGAUGCUUUCUCUCCUCAACAGCGAACUUAAUCAAGAAUUAUCCGAAAUAAUGGAAGAACGGAUUGCCCUGGAAAUUCAGCUCGAACACAUAAAGCCCUUCUCUUAAUAAACAAAAGAUGUUAGUCACCGUGCACAUGUAUAAAGAAAGACUUGUCCUGUCGGAGGCCUUUAAAGAGGUAGAAUAAGGAAUAUUUAAUCCCCGACCAUCUCCGAGAGAAAAAUCCAAAAUAUAUUAUAUAUAUAUAUAAAUAUAUCAUUCCAGCGCAACAGAUCAAACAAUUAUCCAAGUAACCAAAAGAUGAGAUUUGUGACAUCAACAGUUUUAGAUUGUCAUUAUCUGUUUGCCUUUUUCUUAGGCUUACUUGUUGUUACCAUGCUUAAUUGUUACUUAGACUUACUUGUUUGCACCGUAACAUUUCAAAGAAAACAAUCUGUAUUAAAAUACACAGCUACAGGUAAAUUGCUUUCGCCCAAAUACACUAUCACAGAGCCAGAAUCAAUAAGGGAAAAAGUAUUGCCACUCGACGGCGGUCGAAAGUCCUCCGUGGUAAUCUUAGAUCCACAAAUGCCGCAGAAGUAGGGGUCUUCGGGCAUUUCUCUCGACAUCCCAUCACGGCAGAACUCUAACUGUUCCUCAAAGACUGCUUGUUCUUUAAUUUUAUGUUAACACCAUUAUAUUAAUAUUUAAAUUUCACAGAAGCAAAUUGUCUCCUGUAAACAAAGAAAUUCAGAUUUUUUGUGUAACUCGGUUGUUGAUCAUUAAUUCUUAUAGUUUAUGAACAAUAUAUAUAAAAGUAUAUAUAUAUCAGAGGGUGUAGUCGAGGCUUUUCGGGUGGCAGCCGGAGCAUUGGGCCACAGACAUGGGUCCGAAAAGCAUGGCUACAGUGCGAAGUUAACCAAAGAUUUAACGCGACGUUGAUUUACCCGUUGAUUUGUUGACAAGUGUUGUAAUUCGAGAUAUAUAUAAACACGCGUUUAUAUAUAUAUAUACAGUAUAUAUGCAGCUCAGAAUUUAAAAAAAAAAGAAAGUAAAGAUAUACAGCAACGUCGGUUCAGACAUUCCCCGGGUACGGACCAACAAUUUUCCAGAAGAGACAACGUUACGGCGGUACAUCGA